AUAUACGUCACAAGUAGUAAGAAGACCCGAGUUUGCUGUAUCUGUUGUGUAACCCAAACAUCGACAAAAUAAAGAUGGCUCUGGGCUGACCUAUGUUUGCUUCUCUUUCAAUAUCUCCUACUCUCUCUUCUUCAACCCCCACCCCCACUCUUCUCUUGACUAAAACAAAUGUCCAGUAGCGCUACUACCAGUACACCUGAACCCGUAUUUGUUCAGCCCAAGCCUUACAAGGUCGAUUUAGAACCUGGAAAGGAGUACUAUUGGUGUUCGUGCGGUCAGUCGAAAAACCAACCCUUCUGCGAUGGUACCCAUCGAGGCGGUCCAUUCAAGCCAAAGAAGAUUGUCGUCGAUGAAGCAAAAACGUACUAUCUCUGCGGAUGCAAGUAUAGCCACGACAAAGAUGGAUUCUGCGAUGGGACACAUCGUAAAGAAGAAGGCAUCAAAAAGUACAAUGAGUUUUUGCUGAAGGCCAACAGCAAGCUCAAAGAGGAACAUCAACAGCUCAAGGACCAAAUCGAAUCGUCGGAUCGUAAGCAGAAAAUUAUCAUCACGGCUCUCUCAGCAGUUGUUUUAGCAGUUAUGUAUACCGCAAAGUAUACCACCGUUUUUAGCUCAAACCAGUAAUGACGGUUAUGUUGGUUUUACGGUCGUAUACGUAGAUAAAAAUAAAGGAAUCGCGCUGUUGUGUAUAGGUGCAACCCCUUCUUUUGUGUUUCAGAGCAUGCAGAUAUACGCUAUAGACACC